AUGCCUCGUGCCGAAUACGAUCCGAUGGAUUCCGUAGAGCAUACCCGAGUUAGCAACCCAGCUAACGAUACUCCAGACGUGGGAGUGAGAAUCUGCAAAACUGCUUGCUGCUCUAGCUGGUGGAUCCUGCUAGUCCUCCGUACGGCGUAUCUAUCUGGACUGCUUGCUGUCCUCGGUUCUAUACGAUACAGACUAUAUCCCCGUGGCGUCUUGCCGAACUUAAUCACCGUCCAACACAGGUCGACAGUUGACUUGACAGACAGCCUCCCUCGUGCCUGCAGUAGGCCCGAGUUUAAGAUACACAAACUGGACUGGAUACUUUCCCAACGUUCCGGGAGGGGACUGUCGUAUCGUCCUGUUCUCUCAUUUUUUACUUACCUGAAGGCUGCUGAGGACAGUUCUCAGAAUGUGAUCGACAAUGGACGACAGCUACCAGAAAGUCGCCCUGGGCAUCAUCGUCGCCUUUCCGGCCUUGGGAGGCAUCGCCAUGAUCCUUCGAUUCUGGAGUCGCCGACUCUCGCAGACUUCGAUCCUGAUCGAUUCUUGCCCUGGGCGAAACGAUCACGUCCUGGUACUUCUAACGACCCAGACAUCAAAACCAACUACGUGGGCAUCCACAUCUGGGAAAUCCCAAAGGACUACGACGUGGAAAAGGGGCAGAUCUGGAACUACGCCAACCAACUCCUCUACAACCCCAUCCUCUCGCUCGUCAAAAUCUCCGUCCUCAUCUUCCUCCUCCGCCUCGACUCGCGCUCGCGCACCGUCUACUACCUCAGCUGGGGCACCCUCUGGUUCACGGCGCUGCUGUGCAUCGCCAUCCUGCUGGCUGACCUCUUCCAGUGCCACCCCGUGCGCUUUGUCUUCGACAAGACCAUCCCCGGCGGGACGUGUAUCAACCAGGGCGCCUUCUACGUCUCGACGGCCGUGAUGACCAUCUUCACUGAUCUGCUCGUCCUGUCGAUUCCCAUCAUGAUCACCUAUUCCCUGCAGAUGCCCAUUCGGCGGAAGAUUGCCGUGUGCUGCAUUCUCUCCCUGGGCGGGGUUGCAACCGCCAUUGGAUGCUGGCGGCUCGCCCAGCUCGUGCAAGUCUUCUUCCCCAGCAGCGUCGACCCCGACCCUACCUACAAUAUCGGCUUCGCCUCGUCCGCCGUCGAAGUCAACACAGCCGUCAUCGCCGCGUGCGGGCCCUCCAUGAAGACCAUCGCCAACCGCUACCUGCCCAGGCUGCUGGGCACGUCCAGACGAGACGGUACAUCAGCCUACGGGAAAUCCCGCGCCAGUGGCAACCGCUACUACCGGUCCAGCGGGCCGGGAUACUCGCGUAACGUGGCGUCGAACCCGGCGCCGGACGACGUCUUCGAGAUGGGCCAGAAGAACCGCAGCCAGGUCGUCGACAUCGCGGGCCCUGCCAGUGGUCAGCGGACGAACACUGCCAGUCCUAAUUUGAGCGACGAGGACGGCGUCAUGGGCGCGGGCAUCGUCAAGACGACGGAUUUGUCGAUAACGGAGGAGAACGUGGGCAGCAUUGACAGUUUGGUUUAG